AUGCACCAUGACCCGGUGGCACAGAUCGCAUCCCCGCAGGCGGUCGGCUACAUCGACUCCCUGCAUGAGCGGUCCCAUCUGGUCUAUGCCGCGUUCAUGCAGCUCUCGCGCUUAUUUGGCACAACUAGCGAGUCUGAAACCCACGCGUCCACCCGUCACUUCUUUAGGUGGCUCACCACCGACAUGCUCGUGCUGAUCAGCACGCGCAUUCGCGUUCUCUCAGUUUACAGACAGCUGUCCAAGGUUGAGCCGCGUCACAGCUGCUCGAGUUCAGUGAGCCUAAUUGACCAAAUAGAAAGAAUUGAGAACCAAAUCCAAGACGCCGUCACUCACCCAUGCCUUCGGGGCAUUCGCCUUCACGUGCGAACCGAACUCUCAGCUCUCCACCGACUUCUCUCUGCUCAGCACCACAUGGCACAACACCUAUUCAGAGAAACCACCUUGGACCUCUACCUCUGCCGUAAAACUCUCGACACUUGGCACUACGACUCCGCCCUGCUCCUCGAGAGCAAGGGCACGCCGCACACCCCAAAACUGUUUUCUUGGCUCUCCACGUUCCACAAAGCACUGCUGCACAAGUCAAACCUGUACUUCCACAAAACCCUGCUCAGACUCGAUUUCAAGCGCGAAUUGAAAACCCUGCUAGACAAGGAAGCGUCCUACCCGCACCUAAUCGAGCAGUUCUGCCAAAACACCCAGUGCGCCUACUUCUGCCUCAUUCGUGAGCCCAGCAGUUGUGACGAAUUUACCAAAAAAACACGAAAUCCUACACAAGACGACUACACACACGCAGCCGCUCUCCCUGUCAAAAAAAAGCCAGGCCCGCCGGCAACGGGCAUCCAUUCCUGGAGGAUUGUAUACAUGCACCAUCGCUCCAACGUCCCCGGAGAUGCAAGUCUAGACAAAACCGUCGCGGAAAAGGAACGGCAGUUGAUCGACGAACAUUGGCCCAACGUGGUUUCCCUCAUUCAGUACCACUACGAGCUGCUAGACCAAUACGAAAAAAAAUCCGUUCAGGAGCCAGAUCACAGACUGGGCAUCACUUACUUCCUAACGAAAGUGGAGCAAAAUUUCUAUAUUAUGUUGCUGUACAAUAGAAUCAGACAGUGCGAACCGCUCAUAACCGAGUUCCUAAAUCGCAUCGUCCACGCUCUCCAAAACAAACACCUCAUUCAAAAACUGGAUAACGGCAACCUCCCUUGA